GCCGGACCGCCGCCGGUGUAGACCUUUCCUUUCCUUUUUUGGUCCGCCCUUGAGGCCCGGCCUCUAGUAGCAGUGACCGUUCGCUAGUUGAGUGUGUAGUGUAGCAAAAUGUCAAAAAUCGAAUGCAGCAAUGCAACAUUUUCAUCGCCAUCUUUCUCGUCACCGGCAUUUCGUGCUCCUGGUGCCUGGUGGGUAAAAUUCGAAAUUUCGAAAAACAAAACAUCGAAACUGCUGCUGCUGGUCACUCUAUCUGCGCACCGUGUCCUGGGAGUUGGCUGGACGCAUCCACUCUCUCUCUCUCUCUUCCUCUCUCUCUCUCUCUCUCUCUCUCUCUCUCUCUCUCUCUUCCUCUCGUUCUCUCUUCGAUCAACCACCAAACGCAUGGCCGAGCCGAAACCAACACGGCACGCCAAUAACGAAAUGAUUUAUCUUUAGCCAAUGCAAUGACACACAGCCUCUGGCCUGCUAGCCCCGUCAUUCUCCUCCCCUCCUUGCCACUUCCUCCGUCCGUUUGUUCCCUUCAAUCCCCAACCCUGACGUCAUCUCAGCAGCGGCAGCAGCAGACAGACCGAACUCCGAUACCUUCUGAUAUCCAAAAUUACUUCUCUCCCCUCAACCCGUCCUGUUUCGGUGUGCAACUGCGGGUGCCAUGCAGACCGUGCAGACAUCCAGCAUCAUCUUCAUCAUCAUCAUCACAUCACAUCAGACCCAGCACAUCACACACACAGCAUUUCGGCGGCAACGAUAGCGGCGGCGGCGGCGGCGGCGGCGAUGGCGUCGGUGGUCCAAAGGAGAAAGAGCAUGCCCCCCAACCACUUCUUGGGGAAAUGAACCGCGUUGCCGCUUGUGUGUUUGUGCGAAAGAGAAAAAGAACCAAGCUGGUGGAUGACCCGACGCAGUGACCGCGUGCCACGCAGUGACGGUGUGUGCUCUGUGCUUGGUCUGUGCGUGUGUGGCCAACCGUAACGCUCAGUAGUGGAGCGGCAGUGACCGAGAUUGGCAGUAGGAAACGGCAGCAGCAACCUCCCCGGGAGACGAGACACUCUACUAUAGUGCGUGCGUGCCGAUAGCAAAAGUGCAUCGAAAAGUGGAUUCCCGUUCCAAGUGCUCGUGAUCGGUUCCAAGACAAACGAGACAAAACACGACGGUACGUGUGCAUUGUGCCGUGGUGCCAGUGCGUGUCUGCCAUUCCCCCCCGGGCCCUGAUUAUCGGAAGCAAGCGGUCGGCUGUCAGUUUGUUGUUGUCAACAACUUGUUGUCCACGAUCAACGCUCCCGUUGCAACUCUCAACCGAGCCAAUCAAAUCAAACAACACCAAACGUUACUCGUCGUCUGCAAUCAGUAUUUGUGUGCGAGACUGAGAAGAAGGAGGGAAGGAGGGGAGAGAUACAGUCGUAUCUUCCCCUCCCAACGCUCAACCCUGGGUACAGGUACAAGUACCAUUACCGCUGCCCUGGUUUCCUGCAGAUUAGAGGAAGCCAAGGCCUCGAUUAGUCGUCGGUGGUGAGCAAUAAAUCCCUCCCCCCGGUCGUCCGUACCCUUUCCGGCCCUCUUCCGGGAAGUAAUUGUCCGUGCCAAGCGAAGAGGGAGUGCAAGGAGCAAUAAUUCGCUAGUGAUUCAUGCAGACGGAACCGUUGGCGUUGGCAAGUGCGAAAUGGUGGAAUAUACUGCUAGCCCAUUGUUGUAUGCACUCGCCUGGGCGUUGCAGUCGUACUGCCACCGUGCAGUAGGUGCUGGUAGCCGCGGAAUCGAACAGACGGGACGGGCGUCGUAAUCACUUUCGUCGCGAAAGGGUUGCAGGUGUGGGGCGCGCGCGCACCCGGAGUGGAUACAACGCGGGACACGAGAGAAAGAGAGAAAGAGAGAGAGAGAGAGGAAAAGGAAUGGCCGACAGAGAAGGGCCAACGGGCGGCAGUGGCAGCGGCAGUGGAACAAUGCCGACCAACGUACCAACCUUGCUGACCGCCAUGCCAUCACCGUCGCAAACGUUGAUGCCGAUGAUGCUGAUGGCGCCGCGUGGCCACACCACUAUAGUCCAUCCACAUCCGACCCCCAUCCGCGCUCCUCCCCCACCUCAUUCUAAUAUCCCCUUUCAUGUGCAAUCACCGGGGAUGGUGCAUCAGCACCAACAGCAACCGUCGUCAUCGUCGUCGCCAUUCACGCAACCACCAGCUUCGUUCGCCACCGCAACCUCGACCACGAUGCAACAGCGGAAUCAUCAUCAGAUGAACCCAAUGGCUGCUGGUGUUGUGAGUGGACCACGGAUCGUGAUACUGCACCGGCAUAAUGGGGAUUUCGGGUUCACGUUGCGCCACUUCAUCGUCUACCCACCGGAUUCGGUAACGGAAUCCUCCACCAGCACGAUACCGGGCGUCGGAAUACUGAACUUUGUGCAUCCCAUGGAUACGGUGUUCGUGAAGAAGGUACACCAGAACACGCCGGCACAUCUGGCCGGGCUACAGGAGGGCGAUCGGUUGUUGGCUGUAAACGGGGUGCCCGUCACCUCGAUACCGUACUCGCAGGUGGUCGCCACCAUACAGCAGACACCCAAAACGCUCACCCUACAGGUGGUGCCGAAGAACUUCGAUAUCCUGCAAACGUUUUUUAGCGAAACGGCCCACAAUCCGGAAACGAACCAGCGGCCCCAGCCGCAGGUGUACGCACCGAGGGUGCUGCACCCGAAGGUGAAGCCAUCACCGGGGCAAACCGGGGCGCUGCUGACGGUGGCCGGGGUGCAAGAGAAACAGGAAUCACUGUACAGCGCGCUGCAGGAGAUAGUGACCGUGGACGGUAUCGGUGGGCGCAAGGGUGGGCCGACUGGCGACGCAAUGGAUACGACGCCGACGACGACGGCGAACGUUGGCAGCAGCAGUAGCAGCAGCAAGCACGCCAUCUAUGCCGAGGUACCGAAGCUGGGGACCAGCAGCAGCAACAGCAGCAGCAGCAGCAACCAACCGCCGAUAACUACUCAGUUGACGAUGAAAGGGCCGCCUGCAUUCCUCGCUAGGCAACCGUCACCGUCUAGCGUCGAAAGCGAUGUCCUAUACCAACACCAACACCAGCAGCAGCAACAACAGCAGCAACAGCAGCAUCAGUAUUUGUCCAAGCAGUAUCAAGGCUUGCAGCAGCAGCAGCAGCACGAGCAGUCCGAGUACGCGAUGACGAGAGAGACGAGCGGUAGCUAUGUGGCGCUCGGUGACGGAGAUAGUGCAAUUAUGUCGCGGUUGCGCAAGAGUCUCGAGCAAAAGGAGGAGUUUCUGCGGCGUCCCGUACCAACUGUACCUUCCGCCGCGGAAGUCGAUGGUCUCGCUCGAGCCCGAUCGGCAAGCCGUGGAGGAGCGGCUGCUGGUGGGGAGGCUAUUGUUGUUGCCACCACCACUACCACUACGGCAGCAGCAGCAGCAGCAGCAGCAUCCCGACCCACCGUACCACCGAAACCGAUGAUGGCCGCAGCCGUCGUCGGUGGUGCUGGGGGUGAUGUGCAGCAACGCGAGUUUUACGGUCGACCGAAUCGGUUACAGAAAUCCGUUUGGCCACCGACGGCGGCAGCAGCAGCAUCGGUCACCAAUGGUGGUGGUUUGCGGUCGGUAGCGGCACCACCGCUAGCAGGUACAACACUCCUAAACUCCGCACCAUCACCGUCGUCGGCAUCAUCUUCGCCGUCGUUGGUGACCGCAUCCGGAACACGCUCGCCGCCGAAUGCGAGUACCGCCGCCAAGCCGUACGGUGCGGCACAGCCUCCAUCGCACGCCUCCAAUCUGUCCGCUAUUCGGGAGCUUUUCUUUACCGGUGGUGAAGUAGGCGGUAAUAAGGGGCUGGAUAACGGAGGAGGUGGAGGCCGUUUGCCAACAGAUCGCCAUUCGGAACCGCUCCACUUGACCAUACCAUCCGAGCAGACGUUUGACGAUACGACGAUGUCCGCGAUGUCAGGUACGUCCGGUGGUGGUGGUGCUGGUGCGCUGCCCCUGUCCGCGCACAGUCUGCACGCGGUCUCCGAGAAGGCGAAGCUGUUCGAAUCUGGCCGUCCACUGUCACCGGAAGGAAUCGAUCGAAUGGAUCUGUACAAAAGCGAACUCAGCCGCAUUAACACGAAGCAGGUCGUACCGAAUGUGGCCGUGCGGCGGCGAGAGUUUGAGCUGAAGGCAGAGAGCACCGGUUGGUGCCGAUCGACGGAUGAUCAAACGCCAUCCGUUUGCUCCGAUUCGGAUUCGACGACACACAAAGCGACAGGCGGAGGAGGAGGAGGAGGAGGAGGAGGAGGAGGAGUAGGUCGCGUUCGGUCGCUGUCGGUGGAAUCAACUCCCUCGCAAUCAGAGCUGAUGGCGAAGGUGGCACGACCGGCAUCACCAGCAGUAGUACCAUCGUUGGACGGUGGUAGUACACCUUCAUCCGGUUCGUCGGAAAGCAACGGUCGGGCAGAGAAGCCGGAACCGUCCACACCGGUUGCGCCCCUUGCCGUAGCGAUCCUGCGCCAGAAGCCGAUCCGUGCCGACGACUCCUACCGAAAUGUGGUCUGCAGCUCAACCGCCUUUUGGUUGCAAGGGGUGCAAGCCACGGCAGCCGUUACGCCGCUACCAAACAGUGGUAGUGAUGGUGGUAGCCUGGCUGCAGCAGCUCAUUGGCUGCAGCCGCCGCCCCUGUUGAUCGCGAAUGAUGCCGAACGGCCGAUACCGAUGGGCGCGAUGCGGAAAGCGAUGCACCGCAAUCAGACGAUCGUCGAGGUGGGGAACCGCCCGUUCACCGCAGGCCGACAGACAGAUAGCGACACCGACGAUACGCUGCCGCAGUUGCAGCAGUCGCGUCGCCGACGCGUCCUGGCCACACCGAAUCAUGCCGAUGCUGCUACUGCUUCUGCUGCUAUCAAUGCUGCUGCUGCUGCCGCCGCCGCCGCCGCUACUGCUGCUACUACUGCCACUUCAGCACCUGCCGCUCUGUCACCCUUUUUGGCUGGAUCGUUGUCUCCCCUAAUGGGACCAAAUGGCGGUUUGCAGACGACCAACGAAAACCGGGCCCCGGCGCGUGGUCCGACACGUCCAACGACGCUGAACAUAUGCACAGAUGGCCUUGGACCUCCGAUCAUACUGCGAGCUAAGCAACCGUCGCAGCAGCGACCGAUGGAGGAAGACGAGCGGAAGAUGCGCCGCAUUUCCUACCUCAAGGCGACGGCCAACGACAAUCUGUUUCAGAUGCUCGAGGGCGACACGGGCGAAUCCGGCACGGUGCAGCAGCUGCCGGUUAUGACCGGUGCAACGCCCGGUGAAACGACCACGGCCACACCCAACUCGACCGACUGUUUCGUGCCGAACCUGCCCGAUAAUCAAUCAACGACGACGACGACGACGACGACGACGACGACGACGGCGGCGACGACGACAACUCCAACCAGUGGCAAAAUGCAGACGACGACUUCUACGAUGACGACUGGGACUUCGAUCGGUUCCUACAGCACCCAGCAGCAGCCACAGCUGAAGAGUGCUUUUCGUCCCUGGCGAAGGCCACGCUUCACCGAUGACAUCCAACCGCUGCGCCGCAUUUACGAGGCCGCCGAUUCGGAACGGGAGGGCGAUUCGGCGGCGGUGGUGGUGAGCCGUGGUAGUACUACGAGCCACGAGCUCGCGGCUACUACCGUGGACACGGCACGUCAUCAGCACCACCACCACCACCAACACCAGCACUACCACUACCACACUGCGCUAGAUAGUGCACGCUGGUUAGCUGGUGCAGCCUCUGCCAGCCUCGGCAACCUGCACGUCAUCACGACGACCACGCCGGGUGGGCAGGUGACGCGAAACUACUUCUUCGCCCAGAGCCACGGCAGCAAAUCGAAGGCGCUGGCCCACUUCCGGGACAAUCCGGCCGACUCAUCCGAACCGGUCGUACGGACCGGAGAGCUCCACAUCAAGGUGACGACAAUCGAUGGCAAACGAUCCGUGGAUCGCAGCUGGCGCCAGGUGCAUGCCGAGCUGAGAGGCACCCGCCUGAAGCUCACGCUGCUCCGGGAUGGCAAAUCUUCCGCCCAGAGCCCGGAACCGGCCGGUACGAUCGAUCUAACGAACUUCCACGUGUCGGAGGGCAACUACACGAAGCGAAAGAAUGUGUUCCGGGUGGCGACGGCCACCAGCGGUUCGUACUGUCCGCUGGAGGCCGCAGCAGCAGCAGCUAGUGGCGGGGGGCCGAUGAUAUCCGGGGGCUUCCAGGCCCACGCCGAAGUUCACCGGACGCAGUCAACGUCGGGAUUGGUGUCGAGCGGUCAAUCAUCGAACUCUGAGGUCAGCACUGCCGCACCGCACCGCGAGAUACUGCUACAGGCGGACAGUGCGAGCGAUAUGCAGCAGUGGAUGGAGGCGCUACGCAGCGUCUGCAGCGUCGGCGAUGGUGAUGACGGUGGAGGAGGGGAUAGAGCAGCAGCAGCAGCAGCAGCAGGGACCACGCCAACACCGGACACCACGGAUCAACCACUGCGCAGUCCGGACUACCUGAAGAGUCUAAGCGGGCAACAGGCAGAACCGCAGCGUGUGGCUGCACUGACGAGCGUCCAGCUGCCUAGCGGUGGUAACAGUGGCGAUGACUAUUCGCCGAUCCUACCGCCCAAGGCACAGCGCAAGUACGCACUCGGGACCCGUUCACCGUCCGGCCAAUCGCCAGUGACCAAGAGCCGCAAGACACCGGGCGAGCGCUGCGGCUCACCGACGGCUACUAACACGGUGCUUCCCUCAACCUCAACCUCAACCGCAACGCCCGCCAUGCCAAUCGUACCUACCGCAGGCAACGUCCAUCACAAUCAAGCGCAACAGCAUCCGUAUCAUCAGCUUGCCACCUAUCAGCAGCAGCAGCAGCACCACCAUCAUGGACAUACGAGCGGUGGUUCGGAUCGGGAGAACGGAUCGCCCAAGUCGAAGACGUGGAAGGGCAUAGUGGCACGGCAGUUCCGCAAGAUGCAGGGAGGCCAACCAGCGUCACCGGCCGGUAGCUGUCAGCAUCAAUACCAGCAGCAGUAUCAGCUGCAGCAGCAGCAGCAGCACCACCAUCACCACCAGCAGCACCAGCAGCAGCAGCAGCAACAGGAGCAGCAACAGCAGCAGCACGAGUUGUUGCCGUUCGCGGACGGUGCGCGGUCGAUUAACGUGCCCCUUCAGCACUGCCCAAUGUCCGAGGAGCACCCGUACGUACCGCUCGUGCUGGCCAAGUGUACGGGCGUGGUGGAAUCGAGGGGCCUGGGUGUGGUUGGCAUCUAUCGCAUACCGGGCAAUACGGCUGCGAUCGCGCAGCUCACCGACACGAUCAACCGGGGGCUGGACGAGACCGCACUGCAGGAUCCGCGCUGGGAGGAUGUGAACGUGGUGUCGUCGCUGCUGAAGUCGUUCAUUCGCAACCUGCCGGAACCGCUGCUACCGAACGCCCUGUACGGGGGUUUCAUUGCGGCCGAUAAGCUCGGUGGGCAGCGGCGCUUGAUCGAGCUGCGGCAGCUGCUGCUGCGGAUUCCGCGGCUGCACUACGAAACGCUCAAGCACCUGCUUCGCCAUCUGCAUCGGGUCAGUGCGCACAGCGAGGUGAACCUGAUGGAUCCGCGCAACCUGGCGAUUGUGUUUGGACCGUCGGUGGUGCGGUCGGCGAACGAGUCGCUCGAGACGGCCGUCAAGGAUAUGCGCCAUCAGUGCCAGAUCGUCGAAGUGCUGAUCAAUUAUUACCAAUACUUCUUCGAGGAUGGACCGUUACCGGCGGUGGAUGAGAAACCAAACGGAGGCAAUACAGUUGACUCCCCGAUGGAGGUACCGACGACCACGCUGCUGCUCGACAACGUAUCGAAGAUAGAACCGUUCAAGGAUGCCGGCAGUAAGGACACGACGGCCGGCUUUGUGGCGAAUAUCGUGCAAGCGGCGAACAGGAAGAUUCGCCGGACCGCCCAGCGCAAGAGUACUAUGUCGUCGACCACUCCCGACACGCUCUCACUCGACAGCACGACGUCGGCGGAGUCGAAGGAGCAGUCGAUGCGCAGUAUUACUCGCAGCCGGUACAUGGAGAUGGGCACCGGUAGUGCGGCCGGUGGUAGUGCGGCCACGGCACGCCGAACCGCACCCGGUGGUAGCCUGAGCGAGGAUCAAGCGGAUACAGAGUCCCGGCACAGCAGCGGCGUGACGAUGCCAGCUGGACCGACAUCCGCCGUUGGGCGACCUGGGGGUGAUGUAGUGCCAGGCCCUAUCGGCGCACCAAUACCGUUGCCUCGCCAUCGCAGCGGUGGUGGCGGUGGUGGUCCCGUAGUACCGAUGGAGGAAAGUUUGCUGCAGCUGCACCAUCAUCAUCACCACCAUCAUCACUACUACCACAGCAAUCUGCACCACAGCAGCCAGAGCAACGAUGAUGUAUCGCUCGUGCUGAACCGCUCGUCGGAAGACGACUCCAACGACAGUGCGUUCGCAGACAACGGCUCGAUGUCACUCAAGACCGUUACGAUCGCGCUGGAUAACAAGCUGCGAUCGCUGCGCAACUCGUCGAUAGAUUCGGACCGCGACAACGCACUGGACAGCGAGGGUGAGCUUAGCAGUAGCUGCUGCUCGGCCACGAUGUUGGUGGAUGCCGGUAACCUGCGCCAUUCGCUACACCAAAAGUACCAGCUAGGGCGCACGCAACGACCCUUGACGCUUGGUGGUGAGAACAUACCGUACGCGGACGAAUCACCAGAGCGCCCAUUGGUACAGGGCCGUGCGACCAAGCCAACCGGUGGUGACAACAGCAACGAUGACAAUGGUAACAGCAGCAACGCGAACAACAACAACAACAACAACAACAGCGAUAAUAACAUUAGUAACGAUAGUAACAGUGGCACCACCAGAACGAACGCUAAUGGCAACGAGAGUAACAGUAAUGGUAAAAAAUCGUUAGCAUCUCAAAAUAGCACGUACGCCGGGAGUAGCACCAAGAGUAGCAACAACAACAACAACCUCGAGGAAAGUAGUUUAACCAUGCAGAACCGGGCACAGCAGCCGGUGGUACAGAGAAAGGGACCAGCACAGCAACGUUCGACCGAUGGUAGCGGUGGUAGCAGUGGCAACUCAAGCACUAACACCAGCUGUCUAACGCUGGUAAACGAGGUGAACAGCGUCGGCCAUGUUGAAGUGGUAGAGCAACAGCAGGGUGGUGGUAAUGGGCGCGCCGAAGACGACGAUGACAACGAUGGUGAUGCGGUCGGUCAUGGGUCGUGCAAGAAGCUCAACCCUAGCCCACCGCCCCCCUGCCUUGUGCUAAGUUCGGACGAAACGGAUUCAUCGACCACGAGCAACCCACGGGAGAAGCUGGUAGCACCGACCUCCACCAGUGCCAGUGCAGCCGUCGCGGCCGCCGCCGUCGCCGCUGCCGCUGCAGCAGCAGCCACCCCGUACCGUAUCGAUACGGAGGUGCUGAAGAAGAUGAAUCGCAUACUGACGCAGCUCGAGCGGAAGGCCAACAAUCUGGAGCGCAAAUUCAACCUGAAUCGCUCGCUGUCGCUCAACUACAAAACGCCGAAGACGCUCGACUGCUGCUGUUGUGGGCACCAUCACGACGGUGUGGUUAUGCCGCCGCUGCUUGCCACCGCUCUAUCGAGCCAGCACCAUGCGGCGGCAGUGGCAGCUCAACAGCAGCAACAGCAACAACAACAACCACAACAAUCGCACUGCUAUCAGCAGCUUCUGGCGACCAGCGCCAGUACCGGAGCAGGCUCAACCAUUCCACCAUCCUGUCCGCACGGUAGCACGACCUGCAUGCAUUUGCCGGCACCGCCACCACCGCUUCCACUUAGUCUGCGCUCCCGCCUUUCGCUGACGAAGGACGAGAAGACGGACAAAAACAUUAACCGGCGGCGCCAGAUACACGACAUUCAUCUGACAGGUACCGGUGGACUGGGCUGUGUAAUGACGAACACGGCAACGACUACAGCAGCCGUCGCAGCACCGGGCAACAAUAGCUGCUGUGGUAGCAGCAACAGUAGUAGUAGUAGUAGUAGUAGUAGUAGCAGCAGCAGCACUAACAGCUGUUGUUGCGAAAACCGUAGCAACGGUAACAGCGGCUCGGUGAUUAUGGUAACUCCGCAUGCGACGGUACCGGUUCCGGCUGGCUGCGUUGCAGGAGGUAUGUCCAUGACCGGAACGGGUGUUGGCGGUAAUACUGGUCGACAAAGGCGACACGCUGGUAGCCGCUCCAUCCGACGACGUCACACAGUCGGCGGGACGCAUGACUAUCUGUCGAACAAGAUGAACGCUGCGCACCAGCACCAUCACACACCGGGCGGACCAGACUGUUGCCCAAUGCCACGGAACUAGGGGGAGGUGUGCACGAGUGUGCGUAUCGUGCUAGCUAGAGUAAGAGCUUAAUCUGCACUGCUGUGAAGUUAUUGGCAGAAAUAGGAUGCAGCGGUAGCGAGCAGUUAAACAGAGAAUGAAAUUAUGAAAUUGUAGCAGUAGUAGUAGAAGUAGUAGUAGUAGUGGAAGAAGAGUUAGAGGCAGAUGUAAGCAAAUGAAAACAAAUGACGAAAAAGAGGAAGUAAGCAAAUGAAAACAAACGAAGAAGAAGCAAAGAAACAAUUGCGAUACCAAAAUUGUGAUAAUUGUGCUGAAUGAAGAGAGAGAUAGAGAGAGAGAAAGAGAGCGAACAGCAAAAGGACUUCUCAUGCGGCAGGACGAAGCGAGAAGCUUGUUAUCGACGGUCUAGGCGUUAAGACAAAUGAAGGUUUGCUACAUCCUUGCAACGACCAACUACAGCAAACAGCAACAACAACAUCUACAACAACCCCAGCAACUGCAUCAACACUGGUAUUAUGUUCGUUUCAGACUGCAUCCGGGGGCAAGGGAAAAUUAGUAUUCGUAUCGUAUUUGUCGGUUUUUUCCUAAUAUUAAUACGUUUUUGCCUCACUCAAUCCUCUUCCUUCUACCCAUUCUCUAAUUCUUGAAUAAACACCCCCACCCCCUCCCAUUCCCUCCCCCCCCCCCAGCACUUCUUGUAAAUCUACUUUCUUUAAGACUCCUCCUAGCGGUUCGAAUGUAUUUAUUUUGUGCGCGUGUCUUGUGACUUAUCGGGUAUUAUGGCCCUCCCUCCAUAUUCCCCCACUCCCCUAUCCCCCUCUCCAUCUAAUGGUGUUUUUUUGUGGCAGCCUACAAAUUCGUGUAAUUUCUUUGUCUCUAUUGAUCAAUUCUUUAUGUUGACGUAAACGUACGUGUCUGUGCAUUUGUUCGUGUGUGCGUGUGUAAGUGUGCCUGUGUGACUGUGUUUGUUUUUAUGCUAUGUAUGCUGAGUAAUUAUUUGCGAUUGAAAGGAGAGCAUACAGGGAAGCCAGCAAAAGACCGUAUCGCGGAAAAAGAAAACUGAUAAAAAAGAAAACACUAAUGCAGCAGCACAACCAACUCUCUCGCUCCCAGUCUUACCUGUUCCUUUGCAGAAAUAGUUAACGGUCGUGCACCAUGAGUCCGAAGUAGUUGUAUGGAAUGGAUUGCAAACCUACUUAAAUCGAAACACUCAAUUCCCAAUCUCCAACUGAGAGGCUUAGAGGAGGCAAACAUAUUCAGUAUUGAACGCUUCGUGCAUUUUCAAGUAGCCCAAGUUCCCGCAAACCCCCCCCCCCCCUCUUCCUUCACCCGUCACCCCCUCCUUUCCUAGCAUCUACCCGCCUGAACACAUUUGUAAAAAAAUAAAUGAUGAAAAACAAAUAUCUACAUCUCGUCCGGAUUAUCCUUCCCGACCUUAUUAUCUCAACCGAACCGAAUGAAACCGAACCCAAUAGUUGAGACUGCGUGCGAGUGCAACGUGAAACCAGUAAGUACACCAGUAGGCAGCAUGGAGGAGGACCUCGACGCGAGUGAA